CCAGGAGCUAUAUAAGGCGGAUCGAGGCAGGCGAGGGGGGCAGCGCUGCCGAGCGGAGCCCAGGAGUGGAGCGGGAGCGAGCGAGAGCCUGAGCGAAAGACUGAGAAGCAAGCAAGAGGAAGCCUCCGGUGCAUCGGAACAGGAUCGCAGGUGCUCGGGAGCCGGAGCUGGAGCUCCACAGCCGGCAGUCAUGUACCGAUCCACCAAGGGCGCCUCCAAGGCGCGCCGCGACCAGAUCAACGCCGAGAUCCGGAACCUCAAGGAACUGCUGCCGUUGGCUGAAGCGGACAAGGUCCGGCUGUCCUACCUGCAUAUUAUGAGUCUUGCCUGCAUCUACACUCGCAAGGGUGUCUUCUUUGCUGGAGGUACUCCUCUGGCUGGCCCCACGGGGCUUCUCUCAGCUCAAGAGCUUGAAGACAUCGUGGCAGCACUACCUGGAUUUCUGCUUGUGUUCACAGCUGAGGGGAAGUUGCUGUACCUGUCUGAGAGUGUGAGCGAGCAUCUGGGCCACUCUAUGGUGGACCUAGUUGCCCAGGGUGACAGUAUCUACGACAUCAUUGACCCUGCUGACCAUCUGACUGUUCGCCAGCAGCUCUCCAUACCCUCUGCUCUGGAGGCUGAUCGCCUUUUCCGUUGCCGAUUCAACACUUCCAAGUCCCUCCGGCGCCAGAGUGCAGGCAACAAACUGGUGCUUAUUCGAGGUCGAUUCCAUGCUCACCCACCUGGGGCCUACUGGGCAGGAAACCCCGUGUUCACAGCUUUCUGUGCCCCACUGGAGCCAAGACCCCGCCCUGGCCCUGGCCCUGGCCCUGGCCCUGGUCCUGCUUCACUCUUCCUGGCCAUGUUUCAGAGCCGGCAUGCUAAGGACCUAGCCCUACUGGACAUCUCUGAAAGUGUUCUAAUCUACCUGGGCUUUGAGCGCAGCGAACUGCUCUGUAAAUCAUGGUAUGGACUGCUACACCCUGAGGACCUGGCCCACGCUUCUUCUCAACACUACCGCCUGUUGGCUGAAAGUGGAGAUAUUCAGGCAGAAAUGGUCGUGAGACUUCAAGCUAAGCAUGGAGGCUGGGCAUGGAUUUACUGCAUGCUGUACUCAGAAGGUCCAGAAGGCCCUAUUACUGCCAAUAACUACCCUAUCAGUGACGCGGAAGCCUGGAGCCUCCGCCAGCAGCUCAACUCUGAACACACCCAGGCAGCCUGUGUCCUGGGAACCCCAGCCGUGCUACCCUCGUUCCCUGAGAAUGUCUUCUCCCAGGAGCAGUGUCCUAACCCACUCUUUAUGCCAGCCCUGGGGCGUCCCAGAAGCACCACCUUCCCCAGGGCACCUGAACUAGGUGUGAUCUCAACAUCAGAAGAGCUUCCCCAACCCCCCAAAGAGCUGGACUUCAGUUACCUGCCAUUCCCUUCUAGGCCUGAGCCUUCUCUCCAAGCAGACCUGAGCAAGGAUUUGGUGUGUACUCCACCUUACACACCCCACCAGCCAGGAGGCUGUGCCUUCCUCUUCAGCCUCCAUGAACCAUUCCAGACUCACUUGCCCACUCCAUCCAGCUCUCUCCAAGAGCAGCUGACUCCAAGCACCGUGACAUUCUCUGAUCAAUUGACACCCAGCAGUGCAACUUUCCCAGACCCACUGACCAGUUCACUGCAAGGACAGUUGACCGAAACUUCCGCCAGAAGCUAUGAAGACCAAUUGACUCCAUGCACCUCUACCUUCCCAGACCAGCUGCUUCCUAGCACUGCCACAUUCCCAGAACCUCUGGGUAGCCCUGCCCAUGAGCAGCUGACUCCUCCCAGCACAGCAUUCCAAGCACACCUAAACAGUCCCAGCCAAACCUUCCCAGAGCAACUGAGCCCCAAUCCUACCAAGACUUACUUCGCCCAGGAGGGAUGCAGUUUUCUCUAUGAGAAGUUGCCCCCAAGUCCUAGCAGCCCUGGUAAUGGGGACUGCACACUCCUGGCCCUAGCUCAGCUCCGGGGCCCCCUCUCUGUGGAUGUUCCCCUGGUGCCCGAAGGCCUGCUCACACCUGAGGCCUCUCCAGUCAAGCAAAGUUUUUUCCAAUACUCUGAGAAAGAGCAAAAUGAGAUAGAUCGUCUCAUCCAGCAGAUCAGUCAAUUGGCUCAGGGCAUGGACAGGCCCUUUUCAGCUGAGGCUGGCACCGGGGGGCUGGAGCCACUCGGAGGACUGGAGCCCCUGAACCCCAACUUGUCCCUGUCAGGGGCUGGACCCCCUGUGCUUAGCCUAGAUCUGAAGCCCUGGAAAUGCCAGGAGCUGGACUUCCUGGUUGACCCUGAUCAUUUAUUCCUGGAAGAGACGCCAGUGGAAGACAUCUUCAUGGACCUCUCUACUCCAGACCCCAAUGGGGAAUGGGGUUCAGGGGAUCCUGAGGCAGAGGUCCCAGGAGGGGCCCUGUCACCUUGCAACAACCUGUCCCCAGAAGAUCACAGCUUCCUGGAGGACUUGGCCACCUAUGAAACCGCCUUUGAGACAGGUGUCUCAACAUUCCCCUACGAAGGGUUUGCUGAUGAGUUGCAUCAACUCCAGAGCCAAGUUCAAGACAGCUUCCAUGAAGAUGGAAGUGGAGGGGAACCAACGUUUUGAAUAAGUCUGUGACUUAACGUCGUCAAGUAUGGCAUAUUGUCAUCAAGACGUGGAGCCGCUCUCCACCCCCCCGGGACUGUUGGGGGGAUUCUGGGGGCCAGAGGGGGAUAUAUCUGAUUCUCCAGGCCCUGAAGGAUUUAGGGGGGAGGGGGGAGGGUAAGGGAGGGGAGCAACUUUUUAAAAUCAAGGGACUUCGAGCGAUCCCAGUUUCCAUUUCAAUCUGUAUUCACUCGUAGUGAGCUUUCCUUGAAUGGAUUUCAAGCGGAGACUGGGGGAGUCUCACUUCCCCACCGCGCUGCCCCACGGGCCUGGGCCAGUUCUCCACUCCUAGGGGCCAAGCCACCUCUGGGUUUUGGUGGGGGAAAGGCAUGGCCCACCUGGGGCUAGCCUGUGCCCUGAGGGGCUCUUGACACCCACGUAGAAUUCUCUACAAAGCAGUAACGGGAUUUCAAUUCCGACGGACUCUGCCGCCCUGGCGGCCCUUCCUGUGACUUUUGCGCCCCGCGCCUGGGGUGGGGGGCGCGAAGAGACGCUACAUUCCUUUCCGAUGGAGGAAGGCAGACCUGCCGUCACACGUGUGCUUGCACGAGUGCGUGUACCUGGUG